UAAAGCUGCACCCUUUUUGUCCAAUAUUUCGGUAUUAAUGUGCUAGUUUGUGAACUGUGAGCUGUCUGAGAGCCGGUACAUUUGGUAUUCACUAAUGGGAACUGUGAGAGAGAGGGGGGUGGGGGGGGGGAUGCAAUAAUUUACUGUAAUGGGAUGUAACCUCAAUUCGACCCCAGUUCUGCCAAACUCAGUCCCAAUGCUGGCUGCAAAAGGCUUGCAGUACCACGCGGCUGGCCAGGUGGUGGCGCUCGAGUCUGCGCGAAGUUCUCCAGCGAGAGGCGGGCUCGCGCCCACACGCUCGCUCCCACGUUGCAGCCUCCCAGCUCCCUCUUCACCAGUACACCAGUUUACCUCUAGAGGUCAUCAUGGAAGGAUUUACGACUGGACAACAAAAGCACGUGAUGCCAAGUCGUACCCCAUAUUUGGGUGCCUACGUAGGAGGGAACCAAGUACAUGUCCCAGUCAUUUCCAUAAUUCAUCAUAAAUUGUGCAAGGGUGCUAUAGACGCACAAAACGACCAAGAACCACAAAUCAAGCACACACACAAAAAACAAAUGAGCUCGUAUUUUGUAAACUCAUUUUGCGGUCGCUAUCCAAAUGGCCCGGACUACCAGUUACAUAAUUAUGGAGAUCACAGCUCGGUGAGCGAGCAAUACAGGGAAUCGGCGACCAUGCAUUCCAGCAGGUAUGGAUACGGCUACAAUGGCAUGGACCUUAGCGUGGGGAGAUCAGCUAACAACCACUUUAGUGCCAAUGACAGAGCAAGGAGUUACCCACCCAAUGCUGCCUCCACCACUGAGGCGAGGUACAACCAACCUGCAACCUCCUCACACUCUCCUCCACCUGACCCAAUCCCUUGCACUGCUGUGGCCAAUUCGGCUGUCAGCGAGAGUCACCCAGGAGUCAAAAACUCUAUAACAAACUCAAACGGCAACAGUGGCAACAACAACAGCAGCAACAGCAGCAACAAUUCGAACACUGUCAGCAGCAAUAUCAGCAAUAGCAACAACACUCACAUAAACAGAGAAGGGCUGGGGGCUUCUUCAUCUGGUGCUGAAGAUGACACACCAGCCAGCAGCGACCAGACAAGUUCACAGAAUGGCCAAAGCCCAGCUACAUCAGUCCAACCCCAGAUCUACCCUUGGAUGAGAAAACUGCACAUAAGCCAUGAUAACAUAGGGGGUCCAGAGGGAAAAAGAGCCAGAACAGCUUAUACUCGCUAUCAAACUCUGGAGUUGGAGAAAGAAUUUCACUUCAAUAGGUACCUGACACGCAGAAGGAGAAUUGAAAUAGCACAUGCUCUUUGCCUCUCUGAGAGACAAAUUAAAAUCUGGUUUCAGAACAGAAGGAUGAAGUGGAAAAAGGACAACAAAUUGAAAAGCAUGAGCAUGGCUGCUGCUGGGGGGGCUUUUCGCCCCUAAAAAAAAUCAAAUCAAUGAAAAGUACUGAUUUAGUAUUAGCUAACAUGUAUAUUGUUAACACGACUUUCUAGAACUCUUCCUUGUGACUUCUGUGAAGCAACCCCCCUACCCACUUACUCAUGUUCUUGUCCCCCAACCCCAAUUCUAGCCAUGAGCUUUUUAUCUGGGUGAAAUAGCUAAGGAUCAGAAGAAAAAAAAAAUAACAAAAAAAAAAUGCUUUAUGUAAAUGUUUUUGGUUGUUUUUUUUUUUUUUUUUUUUGCCAUGUCUUGAAAUGUAAAUGUUUUAAAUUAUUUGAGUAUGUAAAGCGCUCUCUGUUACUUGAAGUAACUGUAAAAAAAAUGUUUAAUAUUACAAUUGUUCAGUGUUGCAUUGGAUUUGCAAAAUCGGUAUAUGUUCGUACAGUGUGAAUACGUCUGAAUGCCUAUUAAAAAAAACGUCUAGCCAAAAUUUCAUGAAACUACCUAUAAUUCCAGUGAAAAUAACUAUGUUGUAGAGGUGACUUGUUCAAUCCAAUUUAUCUUGUGAUCGUGUGGUGAGUAGUUAAAAAUGAUGUUUCAGAAACUGUUACCACAAGCAGUCUGUCCUAUCUGUGCCUUUGUAUACAGUGAAUCUCUGCACGACCCCUUAAAGUGGCUGUGGUCGCAGCUUAAUGUAUGUUAAUAUGUGUUUUGUUCAUAAAGCUAAUGAUUUAGUCCUAGCUUGGCUGUUUGAGCAGUUGUUAAAACUUUUUUUGUACUUGUUUUAAUUCCUUUUUAAAAAAAAAAAUAAAAAUGAAGGAGAAAAAAAUACACAUG